CAUAUUAGAUAGGAAUCAGACUACAUCCACAAAAAAUUGGUGGUGCAACAGCCACCAUAGGCGAAACACUGAAGAACUGAUCAGGAGAGAGUCUAAAGGUGCCUGAAUGAAUGAGGGUUGGUGGCUGGAAACACUUCCAAUCUUGAUCUUUUAUACUGUGGGGUUCAAAAUAGUCAUGUGGUGUAAUUAUGUGAUAAUAGAGUCAGGUGAAAUUAAGAUGAGAGUAGAACGGAAAGGUAUGAACUGUAUUCUUGAUAUAUAGCACUGGGCUGUUGCUGUCCUGUAUAACCUUACUAUAUAUAAUGUAUUGUUGGAGCUCUUCUAGUACUGUUCCCCUUAGCUGAAAUGAAAAAAAAUGGAGCUUGUGGUCCUCACAUAUUCUGGUUCUCCUUUUUUCACCUUUUUCUCAAGGUUUAUUCUUCUUUUCUUCUUUUUCUUUUCCUUCUUCUUCUCCUCCGCCUAGUUGUCUGCCCCAUCUCGAUUCCUUUGGUUGCCUUCUCUUCUUCUCAAGUAUGGAAAUGAGCAAGGCUCAAGGUAAGAGAACCUUGAUGGAGGAGGAGGAAGAGGAUGAUGAAGAUACUGUUGGGUUAGGGUUUGGAGAGGAUGAGAAGAAGAAGAAAGCAGUGACCCUCACCAACAAGAAAGGAUCUGGGGGAGCGGGGUCAACGCCGCCUUCUUGUCAGGUGGAUAACUGCACCGCUGACAUGUCCGAGGCCAAAAGAUACCACAAGCGGCACAGGGUGUGUGAACAUCAUGCCAAGGCUCCGGUCAUUCUCAUUGCCGGAAUCCAGCAGAGGUUCUGUCAGCAAUGCAGCAGUGAGUCAUAUUCUUCACUCUGCGACAUCAAUUUCAGUGGAAGAAGGAAGUCAUUUUCCCCUUCACUUCACCUCCGUUCAUAUCUCUUCACAAUGGUGGCUCUGCAGGUUCCAUGAGCUAUCCGAGUUUGAUGACACUAAAAGAAGUUGCCGCAGGCGCUUGGCCGGACACAACGAGCGGCGCCGCAAAAGCUCAUCUGAAUCUCAUGGAGAAGGCUCCAGCUGAAAAGGGAAGACCCCUCAUCUAAAGGAAGAGCUAAGUUGCAGCAGGCUUUGGUAAAAUGCAUUUUCAAAACCGAUAAGGUUUAACUAUGCUAUCUAGUAUGCUCUCUAUCUCCUGUCAAUCUCCGGCUUUCAACUUUGAAUGAUUAUGUAAUUAAGAACCAAAAACAAAUGACAGCACUGUGGUCAUCCAUCUCAGUACUGCUGUCUCUGUUGGCAUCUGAGUCAUCUGUGACUCAAGAUUGUAUGAAUAAAUGGUGUGUGGAAUAACCCUUUUGAAUAAUGCUUUUUGUGAUGAUUUUUA